UUCUCAACUCCUUGCUAGCUUAGAAGUUAGAAUCUCACUUCUCAUUAGCUAUACCUUGACCUUCAACGAUAUUAAUCAAAUGACAGUUAUUGCAGGUACAGUACAGGUUUCAUGUAUACAUAUAUCAUUCACCCAUGUGCUCCCUUUGUCAAUUCCGUUCAGUUAAUGCAGUCUUAGAGUAGAGAUCUAUCAAGAACCAGUUGGUACUAAUAACUCGAAUUGUUGAAAGAGGUUCAAUCGUGUAUCAUAUACCGUUUUCUAACAAGAUCUGGUGGAGAUGAGGCCACAUAGCACCGGCCACAAAAAAACAGAGCCAUCAUACUCUGCUCUAUGUCUAUGGCGCUAUCUUUGUAAAGUUGUUUGUUCUUUUUACCUUAGAGAGAGACUUUGGAUUCGUGAGGACAGGGAUGAAGUACUGCUGGAGUAAUUACUCGAUCUUAUUGGUCCUAAAAGGUCCAAAUGUAUGUGUACACUCUCUCUUCGAUCUCUUUGGCAUUCAAUUGCAUGGGGGCUCGUGGAGCCUUGUGCAACCACUCCUCAAUGUCAAUGGCUCAAAGUCAUUCAUAAGGGCUUGAAGUUUGCACAGGUUUGAAGACAAGAAUACCAUGUGCUUAACAAAUGGGGGUCACCGGGAAUCGAACACAAGACCUCUCGGUCACAGCAGACUCUGAUCCCAUGUCAAGAACCAGUUGCUCCCAAUAACUCGAGUUUUGAGAGAGGUUCAAUCGUGGAUCAUAUACUAUUCACUAACAGUGUUGAGCUCGAUUGAUCGAACGAAUACGUAAAAAGCGUAGCGCGACAAAGUGAUGUUUGAAGUUCAGCGUCUGACGUAAUGAUCGAGUACUAAGAUAUGGUAGAUUGACGAGCAUGUUCUUGUGUUUUUUUUUCCUGUCUCGAAUCGAGAGAUUUAUGGGUUUGGAUUUCUUUUUUUUUAUUCAUCAUAAAGUUUGUAGUUUGUGUCACUUAAUUACGUACCCUAAUCUAUCCUUAUUGGUGAAAACAGAGAGGAUAAUCGGUGAAAAUUCGAUGGAUUUUAAUAAUUACAGCACAAGCUCAACCGACAUCGUAAAAACGUGAUGCAAAGUACCAUUUUGGAGCCUCAGAUCUAACAAAAAUGAGUAUGUACGUAGAUGAACAUGAGUCGACCACUAACAGUUUCUUGUGUGUGUACUAGUGUGAUGCAAAGCGAUGUCUGAGUCUCUGAUCUAACAAAAUGAGUCUGUAGACGAACGAGAGCCGACCACUAACAGUUCUUGCGUGUUCUGAAUUUUCUUUCUCGAUUCGAGAGGUCGAUAAAUUUAAGAGAUCCAUAUCAACUGGCAUUUGAUUGCAAGUUGAAGAAGAUUAGAAGAAUUAUUUGAGAGGAGGGUUAAAGAUCUUAAAGUUGAAGGUUUGGAAGAAGGAUGCCAAAGGAAUAUUCCUUUUGGGAUUAGCUAGCUUUCCCUUUCAUCCCCAAAACAUCAUCAUAUAAUUAGCCACAUUCCAACUCCACCUUGACCACAUGAAAGAGUAGAAAUCUUCACCUUGCUAUUGGCUGGCUGGUAAUUCUCCUGUCAACUUUCGUCGCCAUGUCAAAGAGUACGACUUGCCGUCUCCAAAUCUUCAUAUUGGAUCUGUAAUUCUAUAUACAAUAAAUAAUAUCACAUUUUUAGUAACCAAAAACCAACUAAUUUGGAGCCCAACAUUUAACAUCUUCUGGUAUGCGUCUUCUUUGGUUCUUCUCCACAUAUGGCAUCCUAUGAAAUAUGUUAGUUAGGGAUAGGGCUGAUAAAUGGUUAGUCGGUUAUUGAUGCAAAUUGAUAAUGGUGGUUAGUACGUGGUUAAUCGAUAACCGAUAAUUCAUUAGUGGUUCAGUUAUCGGUUAGUUGAUUUUGCUCAGUGAUUAACCACUAAUCGAUUAGUUGGUUGCUAGUAUAAUUAGACACUUCAUUUUGGGUUCUGGCCGGCUAAUACGAAAAGUCCUAAGACUCAAAACCAACCAAAGUUGCAAUUUCAAACAUUCCCGUUCUCACCUAUCGCAAACAACCUUCCACCCAAAGUCUCAAAUCUCUUCAUAGAGUCAGAACAGGAAAGCCACCCCUCUCUCGGCUCUCCUUUUGGUUAUUGGUUAACCACUAAUCGCCAAAUUGAGUAGUGAUUAAUCGAACCAAACCGACUAGCACCCCCUAGUUCGAGAUCCUUUGACCCAUUAUAUAUAGGCGAAGGUAGCAAUUCUGUAUGCAUACCAAAUCAAUUCGAAUUGAGCAAAUAUUUGGAACUAGAAUAUGAUCACAAGAUCAAUACAUAGUUUCAUUUCGUUCCGCGUCUCAAAGUUAUGAUUCCUUUUUCUUUGUAUGGAUCGAUCUUAUUGAGUUUUAUAGAACCCAAUAAAACUAGUAUAAUUUUGAUCGGAUUGUGGUCCUCACAUUUCCUACCUUUUAAUUUUAUCUCUAACUUGACAAGAUGGACACCCAUGUUAUUUGUGGUCCUGCUUAUUUUCACAUAUUUGUCAUUCAUGUUUCAUAAACUAAGUUCAAUCAUAUCAUACUUUGUGGCUUGUCACUUAAUUGAGCAAUACCUAGUCAUUUGGUAUGCUAGGAAGCCUGCUAGGCUGCUACUAAUUUCAUAUAUACCAAGAAAGACACACUCAUCAUACGAAGAUGACAAAAUAUUUAUAGGCCACUCGACGAUCAUUUUGUCUAUGUAAUAUCAAUGCCAUUUUAUCAUUAGAAACUACUCGAGAUCAUGUAACUAGAUCGAGCAUUGCAAAUCUAGGAAUACUGAUUGGACAGGGGGAACUUGUUUCCAUUGUUGAACAAAUCUAUGUCUGUGAAGGAUUAAGAUUAGCUCUCGUUGAAGAUAUACAAAAUCCUUUAUCUUAUCAAGAUUCUAAUAUGACCAAGAAUUCUUGUCUGACUUUGGAGUGGGAACACCCUUACCAACAUUAUCACUUGGAAAAUGUUAACCAUGGCGUUGUGAUUUCAAUCCACAUCUAUCUUUUGAUGCACUCAUAUUUGUUAUUGUGGAAUGUCAAUCUCUCGUGGUGGCCUAUGAAGAACAACAACUUGAUGAGCUCUUGCUUCCACGUGAUUCACCAUGUUCAUUAGUUGCAAGCAAACCGUCAGCCAGCCGCAUUGUACAAGGAGAAAACAAUCAUUAAAAUGCAACUAUAAUACGAAAAAUCGUACCAACAACAAUGAAUACGAGAGAAAAGGUAGAGAUGGAAAUGUCGAAGCAGAGUGCAGGCCGUAGACGUUUGUCUGCUUGCUUGCUGUUUGUUGCCUACUCUGCUCUGUAAAUGAAAAACAAAACAAAAUAUCAAAAGGCAAAAAAAAAGGAAUGAAAUUUUUUCUGUUGUUCACUUGAUCCUCUAAAACAGAUUUAUACCAUCAUCACCUUCAAUUUCACCACUACCCACCAUUUCUUCCUCUUCUUCUUCUUCAGCUGCUUCCUUCCCUUCUUUCUUCACCUACUGUACGAAUCUCUGCCUUUUCAGCCCAUCCAGAGGCCAAACUUCUUUUCCCCACUCUGUUUCUCUGCCCCGCCAAACUCAUUACAAGCAACUCAGCAGCACUUCCUUUUUCCCUCGCUGUUCUUAUCUGUACGCCCUCUCUAUCUCCUUCAAUCAACAACCGGGCCUGACCCCGCCUUUUUCCUGUCCAAAGUAAUCAUCUUUAUCUCUAAUCAUGGCUUCUUCUUCUUCCCCAUGUUCAUAUCUCUAGAGGGUCUGUCCCAAUUUCUUAAUAAUAUUAUACUAAUUCAGGAUUCUGUUAAAGGGUUAUUAAUCAAAUGGGCAGUUUAUGUUUCCAUGUGAUGCAUACGUGUACAAUGGAAGUUGUUCAAUUUCAAUUUGUUUUUCUAACUCUUUUCCUGUUGACCCUUAAUUCAGUUCUCCCCCCUUCUUCUUCUACUGUUGCUUUCAACUUUGUUAACCUUAAUUCUUCUAGAGGGUUCGUCUGUUUUCUUCCAAUUUUCGGAAGUUUCACUAGUUUCUUUCCAACUUGGUAAGUUGGUUUUGCCAUCUGGGUUCUCUGGUCUUAUAUGUUAAGGUUCUGGGUUUGCCAUAUUCAAUUAUGGGUUCUUUGAGUUCUGGGAUUAAUAAAGAGGUGCUCUUUUUGGAUUCCUAGCGAAGGAAGUAAUUUGGAGAAGAAAGGGUAGGUAUGUUUUAGAAAGUAGCUCCACUUUGGCACUAUCCGUAAUCCCGUCGUGAUUUGCAACUAUUUUAUGACCACCUUUAUGGUGGUUGAUUGAAGAUGCUGUUGAGUGGAAGAAAAAGAGGAUAUAAAGCAAAUAGAGAGUAGCAUCUGGUUCACUACAGUCUGUCUGUCUCUCUCUUGGCUUGAAAAGCUUCUGAAUUCCACUGUUGUAGGAGGUGGGCUCAUUGGAUUUGAUCUCCAGCUAUUGGAUUUAAGGUUUAUGAAGCUACUAAAUCAGUAGUGCUUUUUCGUUGUUGCCUUUCCUUUUCUCUUUCAGUUUGGAUUGUUCCAUGUGGCUUUUUGUUUUCUUCAUUUUCCCAAGUUUGUCCUCAGCAGGUUCAUAUUUGGUUCUUGGCUGGCCCUGAAUGUUAUGAAUUGCAUUCUCUGAUCUGUUCCUCUUUGGUGGCAAUAUUUGGUAAAGCCAGAAAUAUGGCUUCUGAAUAGGCUAGUCAUGUAGGACAAGCUUACACAGUGUUGCUUACAUUCUGGUCGCCCACUUUCUGUGUGUGUUUCCCUGAUUGAUGUAUCUGUUGUCAAUGGUUCUUCUUCUAGCAUAGUAAUGUGUGAGUCAUAAUGAAGUGUCGCCUGGUGGGAACCUGCCUUAUUUGCACAGUGGAAAGGACCUUUGAGUCAGCUCUCUUUUGACUUUGGUUUAUUUUGUGUGCUUAUAAAUCCAUCAUGGCUAUGUUGUUCUAAGCUCAUGAGGGUUUCGAUCUGUUCCUUCACCACUGCUUGUUUCUUCUUUCUUCUUCUGAGCUAUAGAUGGAAGCUAUUAAGCUUUACACUUCUGCUCCAAAAGAUAGCAGGACCUGGAAAUUGAACCUGUUUAAUGCGUUCACGUUACUAAUAUUUAGCUGAAGUUGCCUUUCUGCCACUUACACUUUGACAUACAUUUCAGGAGUUUUGAGAAGUUUCGUACUUCGGGCUUUAGGAAGCUGAAUAGGUCAUCCAUAAUGAAUCAACCUAAAGUGAAGCGCAGAGUGGGCAAGUAUGAAGUGGGAAGAACUAUUGGUGAAGGAACAUUUGCAAAGGUGAAGUUUGCAAGGAAUUCUGAGACAGGGGAACCAGUGGCUCUGAAAAUACUUGAUAAGGAGAAGGUUCUGAAGCACAAGAUGGCCGAACAGAUCAAGCGGGAGGUAGCCACAAUGAAGCUCAUACAACAUCCACAUGUGGUUACAUUAUACGAGGUGAUGGGAAGCAAGACCAAGAUAUUCAUUGUUAUGGAGUUCGUGACCGGAGGAGAGCUUUUUGACAAAAUUGUGAAUCAUGGACGAAUGAGGGAAGAUGAAGCCAGGAGAUACUUCCAGCAACUUAUCAAUGCAGUUGAUUAUUGUCAUAGCAGGGGUGUCUUCCACAGAGAUCUUAAGCCUGAAAACCUGCUAUUAGAUGCCUACGGGAACCUCAAGGUUUCAGAUUUUGGUUUAAGUGCACUAUCACAGCAAGUCAGGGACGAUGGCUUGCUUCAUACAACUUGUGGGACACCAAAUUAUGUAGCUCCUGAGGUUCUUAAUGAUAGAGGAUACGAUGGAGCUACUGCAGAUUUGUGGUCUUGUGGCGUGAUACUCUUUGUAUUGCUAGCAGGGUACUUGCCUUUUGACGACUCUAAUCUCAUGAACCUGUAUAAAAAAAUUUCAGCUGCAGAGUUUACUUGCCCUCCUUGGCUCUCUUUGCCUGCCAUGAAAUUGAUUUCUAAAAUUUUGGAUCCAAACCCACUUUCUCGGAUAACAAUACCCGAGAUUUUGGAGGAUGAAUGGUUUAGGAAAAAUUAUCAACCGCCCGUGUUUGAGGAGAAAGAGCAGCAACCCAGCUUGGAUGAUGUUGAAGCUGUAUUUAAGGACUCCGAAGAACACCAUGUGACUGAGAAGAAGGAGGAACAGCCGACUUUUAUGAAUGCAUUCGACUUGAUUUCCAUGUCCAAAGGGCUGAAUCUUGAGAAUUUGUUAGAUGCCCAACAGCCGAUGUUCAAAAGGGAAACAAGGUUCACGUCCAGGGGCUCAGCGAAUGAGAUAAUCCACAAGAUUGAAGAAGCAGCGAAGCCUCUCGGUUUUGAUGUCCAGAAGAAAAACUACAAGAUGAGGCUUGAGAAUGUGAAAGCAGGCCGGAAAGGAAAUCUUAACAUCGCGACCGAGAUAUUCCAAGUAUCACCUUCUCUCCACAUGGUGGAAGUGCGGAAAGCCAAAGGCGACACCUUGGAGUUCCAUAAGUUCUACAAGAACCUCUCGACAUCCCUCGAUGAUGUGGUGUGGAAGACCGAGGAAUGAGAAGGACGUGCGAGAAGCGAACUGAAGCGUACCGAGAGAGCUGUAUAAUCAGUGCUUUUACCCUUGUCUCCUAGCCUGCCUUUGUACCAAGAGCUAUGCUGUAUCAUCGGUUCUAUAUCUUCAUUCUUUCUUUUUUUUUUGGCCUCCUUCCCCCUUAUUUGUUCUUCUUCUUUUUGGUAGAAUUAGCUUUAGCCAAUUUGAGAAGGCUUAGGAACAGCUAUGUUUCUCUUCCUGGGUCUGGCAACAUCAGUGAGUUAACACAGAUGUUGCUUAGCCAACGUUGUAUAUGGGUAAUGUUUCUCGAGUGUUGUAAGUUCUGACAAUCACCAAGUGCAACUUGAUUCUGCUCAAGAAAGAGAUGGUGAAAAAAAAUUGCUAGGAAUUCAAAACAUUUAUCUCGUCAUUUGAUUGUGUUGUCAUGGAUUGAAAGAACACAUAUCCAUAUGUCUUAUUAUUCCUGACAGGAGACUCUAUUAUCGGAAAAGAGUUUGCGAUGGUUCGAUGUCGUCUAGACUAGUCCGAAUUGGUAUAUAGAGCUGGAUCGAAAAAAAGAGAAUGAUGACU